CCCUAGGCCAGGCCAUUGACGACCAACAAAAACCCUAGAGCCGCCCCAAUGGCGAGCCACCAAACCCUAGGCGCGUCCCCUGCCCCCUCCUCCUCCUCCAAGAAGAAGAAGAAGCACUCCAAGAAGCGCAGGGCAAUCGAAGAAACUGUAGCCGCCUCUUCCGACCCCGCCGCCGUCGACGUCACUGUAGACGCCUCCUUCGCCGGCGCCGCCGCCCCCGCCCCCGUCGUUGGCUACUUCCCCACGGGCUACGACCCCCUAGCAGCCCAAGAGCCCCCAAGCGCGCGGCUCUUCCGCCACGAGAAGCACCAUAACCGCGUCGAGCUCGUCGUCAGCGUCCCUGGUAAAGGCCCCGAUUUCGUCGGCCGGAGCUACGCCGGCGAGGCAGCGGCGCCGCAGCUCUGCGGCUACGCCCUCGGCGUCCUCGACAAGGCCUCCGGCACCCUCAGGAUCGUCCCCAUAGCCUCCAACAAGAUUCUGAGGCUAGAGCCACACUUCGAAGUGCAGCAACCGGCCCAUUCGCAGCAGUCAGCUCUAGAAGCAGGUUCAUCCAAAGCAGAUACUGAAUUUGACAGAAGAGAACUUACCCUUGCUUUUGGGACCAAGAAUGAUAGGGCUAAGGAUGAAAGGUGGAGGUCAUUGAAAGAACAAAGGGAAGAUCCUUCUGCUUAUCAAGACCUUGACCUUGGAGAGUCCAGGAUCACCUCAGAUGCCACUGACAGUCAGGCAUCAAUGGAUGUUCGGAACAUUCCACCUUACAAUCCUGCUGCAGAUACAUCUGAAAAGGCAUACCUUUUUGAUGAGAUCAUUCCUAAGAAUAUACGAAUGCACCUUUUGGAUAUUGUGGGACACUUUAAAUCCGGAGAAUUUGCUUCAAAGGGCUAUGGGAGUUUUGUCUCAAAUCGUGUGAAUAGGUUAAAUGAGCUUCAGGGUGAAGAUCAGCAGAGGCUUGCAUGGAUAUUGUCCUACAUCACGCAUCUACUGACUUUGUUGGCGCGGAACAACUCGUCCAAGCACAAGAGAAAGGAAAAUGAGCAGGCUACCCAUGGACCAAUGAUCCCAGAGGCUGUGCACCGUAUGCUGUUGCUGAUGUUCAUUGAGCCGGGGUCUUCUGCCUUGUCAUCAGAGAAGCAGGAGCUUCUGAUCAAUUACAUUUUAGUGCUCACACUUUUUGCGGAUGACUUCAGAUCUGAGACGAAGGAUAUAUGUGCGGACUUGAAAAUGACCCACGGGAUGCUUAAACCAUACUAUGACCAGCUGGGAUGCAAGUCUGUGGCAGUUUCUUUUAAACCAUCUGUAAUGACUCUUCCAGCCCCCAUCAAGUUCCCAUCAGAAGUCACAAAGAGAAGACGGCAACAACGUUAAUCGUCUGUGAGAAGGUUUCUGUUGGAUAUGGCUGUGAUUGGAAAGGCUGUUUUAAGAUAUGGUUUGACGAAGCGCAUUGCCACCGUUGAAGUGUGUCGUGUUCUUGGCUCAGAUUUUGCAAUAUACUCUGUAUUUUUGUUUUCUGUUGUUGCUUGGGAAUUAUUACCAUAGAUGAACUUUUUAUUACUUAUGUAUUGGUAGCUAUUUGCUUCCUUGUCA